UAAAAGAGGGAGCUUUUAUGGAUAAAGUUACUGUUUCAACCAUUCUUCCUCUUUCUGCUUCACUCAAUGACUUGCUAAUGGAGAUUUGGUUACUUGGAACACCAUGAUCGCCGCCUACGAACAAUCCGGCGAUUCAACCGCUGCGUUCGAGUUCUUCGAUUUGAUGAAGAACCAAAAACUUAAUCCUGAUGUUCUGACAGUGGUUAGUCUUGCUUCCGCAGUCGCUCAGAUCCGACACGAACUGAAUUGCCGCUCAAUUCAUGGUUUUUUCGUGCGCAGAGGAUGGGAUGAGGAUGACAUAUUUGUCGGCAAUGCGAUUAUCGACAUGUAUGGGAAGAUGAACAAAAUUGAAUCUUCACAAGUUAUGUUUGAUCAAAUGCGCACAAGAGAUGUGAUCUCAUGGAACACUUUGAUUGCGAGUUAUUCGCAGAAUGGAUUUGCCAAUGAGGCCAUUGAGCUCUAUGAAUGCAUGGGAAGGGAGGAAGAAGAACUGAAACCAGUUCAAGGAACAUUUGCAGGCGUACUCCCUGCCUGCUCGCAUGUCGGAGCUCUACGAAAAGGGAUGAAGAUUCAUGGGGACACCAUCAAACAAUGUCUGAAUUCCGACUUGUUCGUUGCCACGUGUCUAGUCGACAUGUAUGCGAAAUGUGGUAGCUUGGCCGAUGCGGCAGCGCUGUUCGCCAUGAUGCCGAGAACAACCAGCUCCGGUCCUUGGAACGCCAUGAUUGCCGGGCACGGGUCGCACGGGGAAGGCAAGAGGGCAUUGGAGCUGUUUUCAGAGAUGGAGAAGGAAGGAGUUAGACCAGACCAUGUCACCUUCGUUUCACUGCUCUCAGCUUGCAGCCAUGGAGGACUAGUUCAGGAGGGACGAGAAUGCUUUCAGUUGAUGAAGUUGAGGUAUGGAAUUGAGCCAAUGGUGAAGCAUUAUGCAUGUAUGGUGGAUUUGUUAGGCAGAGCUGGGUUUCUGAAUGAAGCCUAUAAACUGAUAGAGAAGAUGCCAUUAAAGCCUGAUGGAGGAGUUUGGGGAGCACUUCUGGCUGCCUGUAGGAUCCAUGGAGAUGUUGAAUUAGGGAGAUUGGCAUCAAAAUGGCUCUUUGAAUUCGAUUCCGAGAACGUCGGCUACUACGUGUUGCUAUCUAAUUUAUACGCGAGGAACGGGGAAUGGCAGGGAGUUGAUCGAAUUCGAUCUCUGGUAGAAGAAAGGGGUCUGUGGAAGACACCAGGGUGGAGCUCCAUUGAAGUGGAUAAUAAAGUUAGCAUUUUUUUUACAGGGGAUCGGUCUCAUGCUCGGUAUGGAGAGAUUUACAGAGAGUUGGUGAGGUUAAUGGAGAAGAUGAAGCAGAUUGGUUAUGUUCCAGAUUACAGUUUUGUGUUGCAGGAUGUGGAAGAUGAUGAGAAGGAGAGUAUUUUAAGCUCUCAUAGUGAGAGAUUGGCUAUGGUUUUUGGAAUCAUAAGCACAGAGAAGGGGAGCAGGAUUUAUAUUUUUAAGAAUUUGAGAGUCUGUGGAGAUUGUCAUAAUGCCACGAAGUAUAUUUCGAGGAUUACAGAGAGAGAGAUUGUUGUGAGAGAUUCAAAUCGGUUUCAUCAUUUUAAGGGAGGGAUUUGUUCAUGUGGAGAUUAUUGGUGAUUCGAAGGCGGUGCUUGGCUGCAUCUUAGAUUCCUAUACAUCCGGAACGGAAGAAAUUGCGAGCGAUUGCGGCAUAAAUCCGUCUAGCAAUCAACAAAUUCACGUCCUAAAGACGACGGAACGAGAGAAGUGAAAGAAGGAACGCGUGAAAAUUGUAGUAUGCUACCAAACACCGCCUUAGUAUUUAUGUCGCAAGAAGCUUUUCUUUUAAGUUCUGUAAUGGUGGCAAAGGUGAGAAGAUGAAGAAGAGGAGAUUGGUGAUGAAGUUAUACAGAGCUUCAGAGGGUUCAGUGGUGAACAUGGCUAAUAUUGCCUAAUGGUUAUUAUUUUGGGAAAUUUACAUACAUAUCACACAAUUUUUGUGUAUUUAUAUAU